GCGCCGCCUGCGCUGGGGACCUGGGUGCCGGGGACGGGCGGCAGGAUGCUGUCCGAGCAAGCCCAGAAGUGGUUCCCGACCCACGUGCAGGUCACGGUGCUGCAGGCCCGAGACCUGAGGCCGAAAGGCAAAAGUGGCACCAAUGACACGUACACGAUCAUUCAGCUGGGCAAGGAGAAGUACUCCACCUCCGUAGCCGAGAAAAGCCUGCAGCCCGUCUGGAAGGAAGAGGCCUCCUUCGAGCUCCCCGGCUUGCUGGUGCAGGGGAGCCCCGACAAGUACAUUCUGGUCCUCACACUGAUGCACAGGUCCCUGGUGGGGCUGGAUAAGUUUUUAGGGCAGGUGGCCAUCAACCUCAAUGACAUCUUUGAGGACAAACAAAGAAGGAAAACAGAGUGGUUUAGAUUAGAAUCCAAACAAGGAAAAAGAGCCAAAAACAGGGGUGAGAUAAAGGUCAAUAUUCAAUUCAUGAGGAACAAUAUGACAGCAAGUAUGUUUGACUUAUCAAUGAAGGAUAAAACAAGAUCUCCUUUUGCAAAAUUAAAAGAUAAGAUGAAAGGUAGAAAAAAUGAUGGGACAUUUUCUGAUACGUCUUCUGCAAUCAUUCCAAGUUCUCACAUGGCGGAUGCCAAUUCUGAAUUUUCAAGUGGUGAAGUACAGAUGAAAUCUAAACCAAAAAAGCCUUUCCUCCUGGGUCCUCAGCGCCUCUCCUCAGCGCACUCCAUGUCUGACUUAACCAGGGCCCACGUGUCUUCUGAGAAACUGAAGCCUGGCACCAUUGGCCAAACGCAUCUUCUCGGACGCCAGAUAGAGCCCUUUGGAGCAGUGCCAGAAAGUGGAAGUCUCAAAUCUCCACACAGAAGAACAUUAAGCUUUGAUACUUCUAAAAUGAACCAACCUGACCGCAGUGUGGAUGAAGGUGCACCGUCUUUCGGAAGACAAAAUGACCCAUUUACAAAUGUGACGGCUUCAUUACCCCAAAAAUUUGCAACACUGCCAAGGAAGAAAAAUCCAUUUGAAGAAAGCAGUGAAUCCUGGGAUAGCAGCAUGACUUUAUUUUCAAAAUCAAUUGAAGUAAGAAAAGAAAAUAAAAGAGAGAAAAGGGAGAAAGUUAGCCUGUUUGAAAGAGUGACGGGAAAGAAAGAUAGCAGAAGGUCUGAUAAACUCAACAAUGGGGCAGCCGAUAGCCCCAGUGACUUGAAAUCACCUAAUGCGUUUAGUGAAAAUCGUCAGGACUAUUUUGAUUAUGAGUCAACUAAUCCGUUUACAACAAAAUUCAGGGCUUCAAAUAUAAUGCCAUCUUCAAGUUUUCAUGUGAACCCGACAAGCAGUGAAGACCUCAGGAAAAUCCCGGACAGCAACCCUUUUGACGCCACUGCCGGGUACCGCAGCCUGACCUACGAGGAGGUCCUGCAGGAGCUGGUGAAGCACAAAGAGCUGCUGCGCAGGAAGGACACCCACAUCCGGGAGCUGGAGGACUACAUCGACAACCUCCUCGUGCGGGUCAUGGAGGAGACGCCCAGCAUCCUCCGAGUGCCCUACGAGCCGUCCAGGAAGGCUGGCAAGUUCUCCAACAGCUAACGAGCCAUUUGUGCUGCCUUGGUAAUUGGGGGAAGAAAGAGGGGAAGAAAAGGAAAGAGAGAAGGAAAGACUUGUUACCGGAAGAGACUGCACUUGCAGGUUUCAGUCCAGGCUCGUCCGUUGGGAAAAGGUGUUUUACUUAUAAAUAUGAGCGGGGACUGUCAAGAGUGACCUUUGAAGUGAGCUCAAUAAUUAAAACUUUGAAAGGGAAAAGGGCCAGAUUCCAGAUAAGUCAGCAGCUCCUUGGGAUUCCCUGGGGUGCUGGCCAGCCCGCGCACCUGCCCGAGGCCCAGGCAUGUCUUCAGAAGUCGUGGCUCAUUCCUCAGGAAGAUUUCUCAUGACUUGACAUUGUGAGAAUUGAUACUGUGGUUGGUUCCUGAGCAUUCAAUUUGUAGACAGUUCAGCUGCAGGAAUACUGCUCAUUAUAAACACUACUUCCAAAACAGUUCGUAUUUUAUAUACAUCCGUAUGUACGUGAAUAUAAGUUCGUGUAUCUUUGCAUAUAAAAUACGUGCAUAUACCUCACAUAUACAUGUGUUUUUAGGACAUUUAAAAUCAGUUGGUUUCCUCUAAAAUGAUACCAGUUUCUCAAUUGGAAAAUAUAUGUGCGCUCAACGAAGCAUCAUUGCUACUGCAGUAUUACGUGUGUGUAGGGGAGCUGCUUCAAGUCACUCUUGAUUCUGAACCUUGGUUUCAAAAUGAGCUGCUACUAUGUUACUCCAGCGUCAGAUGUUUGCUCUUUAUCCAAAAGUAAUGCUCCAAAGGCCUUGUUGAAGAAUGAAAUGUUUUAGGAAAGUCCAUUAACUUCAAACAGCGCGGAUUUCUUGAAUUCAUUUUUCAGCGUAACAUUUGAGUUUUGUCUAAGCUACAAGCGGGAGAUAAGCUAAUGUAAUUUGUUUUCUUGCCAUUCUAAAUGCCUAUAAAACACUAGCAAAGAAAAUAGUAAGAAUUAAAGCUGAAGAUAACUUGGAGGGUAAAAGUAGGUGAUCAUCCGAUGCCUGAUAACCCAAAACAGUGGGCAGAUUCUCGGAAUAGAGAAUUAGGCUUGGUUUCAAGUUCCAUAAAUAAUAGAACAGAUGGUUGCAUUUGGGUCUU